CUACAAGCCCCAUAACAGCCAAGGGCUGCGGGGUGAAGGGUCGCAGGAGGUGGUGCCAUCUUGAGGGCAAGGGUCGGCCGGUAUUCCCCUCCCCCGGCGUGCCGGGAGUGCGUGGCUCGCCCAGGCGGCGGAAGACGGGCGGGUGGCUUGGCUUUGAGAUGCUUCAUGCUGAAAGCAGAGUAACUCUCCUGAAGUGUCAGGAUGAAAUCAUUAUUGAACCAUGUUCUAAAAAAAUGAAGUCAACAGAAGAGGCCUAUGAGAACCUCUCUGCUGAUGAUAACCAAGAUAUUCAGGAAGAAGUGGAUACUGAGACAACAUCAUAUGACUCGAUAACAGUGUAUGCCUCAGAUGACCAAGGGCAACAUGAAAUGCAGAAGCAAGAGAAAAUACCUACAGGUGUCAUGAGAACACUGAAUAAAGUGCUCCCUGAAAAUAACCUACUUCAUUCGGAAGCUGUGCAGAACGUAAAUCUUCAGUUUGCUUCAAUAAAUGACACUAAAGCUGAAGAAAAAGACCCUUUUGUUACAAAUAAUGUUGGUGAAGAUAAUAUUAAAAAUAGCAUUACAUCAUUCUCAGUAAAUAAAAAUGCAUUGGAUGAAGAUUUUUUUACAAGCACAGAAUUUAUUGGACCAAUUUACAAGCCUGACAAAAGUAACAAACAGGACAAAUCUGGCAGUUGCAAUGAAAGCAGUGAGGGAGAGCAGAAUGGAUUGCAUGAAAGCAGAGAUAAAAGAAAGGAGGCAAAGAAGACACAGACUAUUACUUCUGCUGUAUCAGAAAUAGAUGAUGAACUGGACCAGUUCUAUAAAGAAAUUUACCAGCUGGAAAGUGAAAAUAUAGAUACCAAUUUUCAGGAAAAAGAAACUGAAACUUCUCAGGAACAAUGUACUCCAUAUGACUGUAGUCAGAUGUCACAGGAGGAUUGUCAACGCAUGUUGUUGGGCAGCCCACAACCGUAUUAUGAGAAUGGACAUGAAGAACAGAGCAGUGAGAAAACAAGCCAUGAGCAGCAGUUUGUCAUGGAAACAAGUGGCUGGAAAACUGAAAAUACCUUUGAUAGAGAAGAGGAUUCUAAAUAUUGGAACUACUCAGUGCCUGAAUUCAGACCUGCUUGGCAGUCAGCAGAGUCCUUCAUAAUACCUCAGGGACCUUUUCCUCCUAGAUUCAACCAGCAUUUUCAGGUUCUUCAUUCCCCACCACAAAAAACUGAUGUUCUCCCUUCUCAGAAUGGUAACCUUUCUUACAAAAAUUACUAUGGUUACCAUGGAAAUAGUGAUAAUAACAGUCAUGGUUCAUUGCUUGAUCAAAGUAUCAACGAUGCAGGUCAUGCUGAUACCCAUACUACUCAGGUCUUCAGAAAUGUAAAUGAUGACCAGAAUGGACUCCAAAAUAAUGGUUUCUGUGAAACCAGAGGAGAGGGCUGGAAGGAUCCAAAAGCUGCCAACACAGGAGGAAUGCACAGUUUUUCUUCUUUGCGGUUAACUGAAGAAAGAUCUAGCUGUUCACAGAAAUUGCUCCUCAUCUUAAGAGGCCUGCCUGGUUCAGGGAAAACAACACUUUCUCAUAUUCUGCUUGGUCAAAGUCAAGAUGGCAUUGUGUUCAGCACUGAUGAUUAUUUUCGUCAACAAGAUGGAUAUACAUAUAAUGCUGCUCAGCUUGGUGAUGCCCAUAACUGGAACCAGAAGAGAGCAAAGCAAGCGAUGGAGCAGGGAAAAUCUCCAGUUAUAAUAGACAACACUAAUACUCAAGCCUGGGAAAUGAAGCCAUACGUGGAAGUGGCUCUAGAAAAGGGAUACAGAGUGGAGUUCCAUGAGCCAGAUACUUGGUGGAAGUUUGAUCCUGAAGAAUUAGAAAAGAGGAAUAAACAUGGGGUCACUCGUGAGAAGAUUGCUCAGAUGUUGGAACGAUAUGAAUAUCAAAUAUCCAUACCUAUUGUCAUGAAUUCAGUGGUACCUCCCCACAAAAACACUCAAAGGCCACCUCUGCAACGAAGACAUAGGUGGGGAGGCAAUAGAGACUUACGGAAUUCUUUCAGUAUUUCCAGUAACCGAUAACAGUUGCAGUCAGUUAAUAAAAAUCUGUUACUUGCCCUUCUAAAACACAUCAUCACCUCCAGUAAAGCAGUGGAUCUUCUAUGUUUUAAAUAGGCCUCUUUCAAGACUAUUUUCAUCUGGAGGUUGCUCCUUUAAUGGACUUGUGUGUAAAUAAAAUUGUACAUUUAAUGGUGGGGUUUUUUAAACUAUAUUUAUUACAGUUGUAAUAACUUUGAUUUUGGUAAAAUAAUUUAAUACAGUAUGACAUAUAGCAGUCUUCCUUCAUAAACCGAAGACAAUGAUGUUGUCAUACGUAAAGUAACUGUUGAGCAGUGUUUUUGAAGAGGUCAUAUUGGAGAUCUUCUUUUAAAAGAUAAAUAAAGCCCCAGAAGAGGAGGUGAUUUACAUAAUAACCAAUUUUAAUGAUUGUCAUUUAGUCUUCUUUUAGGAGAUGUUUUUUAAAAACAGUUUUGUCCUGGAGUGUUCUUUUGUUCUCUUUUGCAUGUAUUACCAAUCGGCGUAAUUUUGGCAUGUAUUUUCUCUUCGGUUGUGGUAUUUAGUUUGGGUUUUUUUUGUCUUAGAAGCUCAUCUGGCAACUGAAGCAGUAUUUGCCAAUACAGUAUUCACCAGCCUUAAACUGUACAAACUGAACUACUUUUUUAUUUGUUCUCAGCGGUAGUUUAUAAACUGUGAUGGUAGUUGCACACCAGCUUCUUCGUGCUGACUAAAACUCUCUAAAUUUUAUCACUGAACACCCAAAAUUUCACAGCUAUGUUUUUCUAAGUCAAAUCGUUUUAUUUAUAAUAAAAAUGAAAUAUUAAAGCAGUAGGCUGUCAAGUCCAAGUCCACAGUUGCGAUGCAUCAAUUCAAUAUAAAUAGUGCAUAUAAUUCUGUAAAACCAGUUAUGUUCCCAGUUUCGGCAUAGCCGAUGUAAUCUGAUCAGCACAUAACAAAGAAUAAGCCAGCAUGGAGAUAGACUAAUUUACUUCCCUUUUUCUCUUAAAAUAACUUUGCUUGCUUUCUAACAGCCUGUUGUAUUAAUAAAUCAUUUUUCUCCUCUAUGUUGUUUUAGUAGUUCAGUGCAACAGUUUUAUUAUUUUCAUGCUUGUAGGAUUUUAUGCACAUGAGCAUUAUUACUACCCUGCUACCUGAAAUAACCUAACAUUUGAUUUCCUUAUACACUGAGUAAAUCCUGAAUAGGAGCAUUUGUCAAGAACACGAGUAUGUAGUAAAAGAAUUUUCAUGGUUUUCUAUCGCUAAUUUGGUGUAAUAGUAAUCAGAAUUUUGAAAAUUCCAAAGCCAGCAUAAUGUCUUUUACUUACAGACAAUUUUUCAACAGGCCCUAUAACUUACAUCAUCUUUAAAGCCUGAAUACCAUGAAAGUUGAAAGUCCAGGUAUAUAAUGAAAUAUUUUUUUUAUACCUAUUGUGCAAAUUAAUUUUGUGCAACUUGAUGUAUAUCUGCAAUAAUUUUCAGAAACACUUCUGCUGACUAUAAAAGUUGAAGUGUGCAGUUUCACAUUUUGGGAAUUGUUUUAAUUACUUGCAAAAUUAUUUAAAAUACUUCAGUAGUGGAUGGAUUGUUAAUAUAUCAAAUUAUGUCUGUAUGUAAAAAAAGCUUUCCUGCUAUAUCGCUUGUCUUCCCUCGUUCUCUGUUGUUCAUACCAGUUACUUCACUGUAUUUUAGUUUUCGUGGUUAUCUCUUUCCAUGUCUCAGAAGAGUCACAGUAAUCAUUGUAAAUGAUCAGUAGUACUUUAAUUAUCCGAAAGUUUUCCGUUUGAACAUGCAAGCAUAUUUCAAGUGGAAGAUAAAAAGGUUUUAGAAAGACUCAUUUUAUUUACUCUAUAUUACCUUAAGCCAUAAUAAAGUGAUAAAAUUU